AUGAAAGCCCUGGUGGCAUUUCUGGUGGUGCUGUCCAUCUUUGGCAUACAGUCACAGGCAGAGGAGAAUUUUAACAUCUUCGUCCCAAGCAACAAUGGCGGCAACGUCCAGGAGACAGUGACCAUUGACAACCAGCAGAACACGGCCACCAUCACCAUCCACUCAGGCUCAUGCUCUUCGACCACAAUUUUUGACUACAAGCAUGGUUACAUCGCAUCCCGGGUGCUCUCCCGGAGAGCCUGCUAUGUCAUCAAGAUGGACCACAAAGCCAUCCCCGCCCUGGACAAACUCCAACGGUACCUCUACGAGAAACAGACAAUGAAUGCCAUGGACUCCUCAGAGUAUACCUGGGUCAGGUACAACCCUCUGAAGUCUCUGCUCACGAAGAUAGACUGGUUCCUGUUUGGGUCACCUAUUGAGCAGCUAUGCAAGAACAUCCCUCUGUAUGAGGGGGAGGUGGCUACAAAGCCAAAAGAGGUGAGCACUGGAGCCUGUGCAAAGGUGGGGCUCCUGGGGAUCCUGGGAAUCUCCAUCUGUGGAGGAGUUCACCUUUAA